AUGUCUUUGGGCUCGCGGCCCCCAGGGGCCCAGGACCCAACCCACCCCGCAGCAGCGGCAGCAGUGGUGGCAAGACACCCAAACUGGCUCGUGUUGCACUCCAAGAUCUUUGACAAGAUCAAGGAGUUUGAACAAAGGCGCCUCCAUGUUUGGAAAGAAGAGGGCCUCGCCUCUGGAGGACAAACCAAGCUACCAGCAGAGGGUCCAGAGCUUCCAUGGAACAAGUUCACAGAGGAACUGGCCAGGAUCAAGAAGCUGGUGGGGAGGCCCAACCUGAAGAAGGCCUACUCCACCGAGCAGUUGCCCCAGACAGAGAGCCGGUCCGGGGGAACCUUCAGGAGCUCACAGCAGCGAAGCCCACACACGGCCGAGGAAAUGUUCACCUGUAUCUCCACCCAAAGGGCCUUUUGGCUGAUAAAGAGCUGGAGCAGCCCCACCCAGGAUGGACCUCACCCCGGUCUCCAACCCCACCGCACAAAGAGACCGCCAACCUACCCAAAAGGGCCUUCCUCUCUCCUAAAGAGCUUGAGAAACCUCUACACCACCGCAGGCCUCCAAGCCCCAGGUCUCCAAGCCCCACUCAUGCAGAGAGGACCAUCACCGAAUUUCUGCCAAAGAUCCAGCCUCCGCCUAUCCCCCCAUGCCCCCAAUGAUCACCUCCCCACCCCCAUCUCCACCCCUUCCAUCAGCCCCUCUAACGAAGAGACGGAAGGGAGAGCUGGGGAGUACGUUUCCGGCCUGAAGAUGACCAUUCCUACCAUCCUGGGUGAGGACGAACUCAGGAAAUGGAAGAGGAGAAUGAGGGUCCAGCCGAGAAACCAGCUUGAGAGGCCUUGGGACACCAUCGCCACUGCUGGCUCUGGGAGGUCCUGCUCAAAUGUGUCAUCAUCAAGUAGCCCCUUCCUAACAGAUGUGUCUUUGUGUGUGACCCCUUGGAAUGCAGUGACUUGGAAGAAGAGUAAUGUUCUGAUAAGGAGCAGCCCGUCCCAUGUGGUCAAGGCUGAGGGGGAGCAGCACUCCCUACUGAUAACCCAGAUGAGGCCUGGAGACGCCGGGACGUACUGCGUCACCGCUGUCAACGCGGCCGGGAAAGCAUCCUGCAACGCCACGCUCUACAUCAAAUCAGUGCUGACCCAGGUGCAUGGUGGGAAGCUGAGCAGCUUGCCCCUGGUGGAGGUCACGAGUCCCCUCCAAUCAGACGAGGAGUACCUGAGCCCCCUGGAGGAGGUCAUGGAGAUUGGAGAACCACCCUCACGAGGGGUGGGGCCACAGUCUAAAUACGCCUUCUUCAAAGAUCCUCCCUCCUUUCAGGCAGCACUGAAUGACCACAGGGUGACAGAGGGACAGGAGGUUACCAUGUCUGUCAAAGUCAGAGGACAGCCUAAACCUAUGGUGUACUGGUUGAGGGACAAAGUGACCCUAAAAACCAAUGGUAGAUUCAUUGUUCGUGAGACAGAGGACGGCACCAGUGAAAUUAUCAUCACUUCAGCACAGAGAUCUGAUGCAGGACUCUACACCUGCAAGAUCAUCAACGAAUACGGAACCAAGCAGAGCGAAUGCAAACUAGAGGUCAAAGCCUCCCCGGCACAGGAAGCCCUGGCCAUCAUCAGAGAGGUGCGAGACGUGGCGGUGAGGGCCGGAGAGUCGGCCAUGUUUGAGUGUCACAUGACCGGGCCUCUGGAUGUGGAGGUAGACUGGCUGUCCAAUGGGAAACUGGUUCAGCCGGCACUGCUCAACUGCAAGAUGACCUUUAACGGGAAGAGGUGCCGGCUGCUGUUAAACUCACUACAUGAAGAUGACAGUGGAACCUACACCUGCAAGCUGAGCACUGCCAAAGAGGAGUUGACCUCCAGUGCCCACCUAAAGGUCACUCCCUCCAGGGAGCCCCUGUUCACCCGCAAGCUGGACAUCCUGGAGGUCAUAGAGGGUCGCACCGCCCGUUUUGACUGCAAGGUCAGCGGGUCCCCACCUCCUAUCGUUACCUGGAACCAUUUCGAGAACCCGGUGGAGGAGAGUGAGAAUGUGCGUCUCCUGCAGGAAGGAGGCCGUUACUCAUUGGUCAUCACCCACGUCAGCAUCGACACGGAGGGCUUCUACACAGCCGUCGCUAAGAACGCACGCGGAAAGGCGGAGUGCACAGCCGAACUCUACAUGCAGGAUCCGCGGCCCGCUAUCUCUUCUCACAUGGCGAAGCUUGAGAAGAUGCCUUCCAUCGCUGAGGAGCCAGAGGUUCUGGAGAGCGAGGUGGAGCAGGAGCAGAGGACCAUGCCUGACUUCGUCAAGCCCCUGGCUGACCUGGAGAUGAUCGAGGGGAAAGAGGCGGUGCUAAAGUGUAAGGUGGCGGGCCUGCCCUACCCCACCAUCGCCUGGUACCACAACGGCAAGAAGAUACACAGCACAGACGACAGGAAGAUGACCCAACACAGGGAUGUCCACAGUCUGGUCAUCCGCUGUGUGUGUCAUGGCCAUGGGGGCGUCUACAAGAGUGUCAUCUCCAACAAAGUGGGGAAGGCAGCCUGCUACGCACACCUCUACAUCACAGGUAUGGAUGGGGACCAUCCACCAGCAAUCACAGCAACAGAUAUUGUUCCUGAUCCCCCCGAUGGUCCUCCAGUGGUAGAGUCCAUAACAGGGAAGACCAUAACACUCAGCUGGAAGAAACCAAAGAGGCUUGACUCCUCCAUAGAUGGCAGUUCUUUGAUGUAUGCGGUGCAGCAGCAGCCUCUGGGUUCCAUCCAGUGGAGCAUCAUAGCCUCCAACCUGAGAGAGACCACCUACACAGUCACCGGUCUCUCCAAAGGAGUCUGCUACACCUUCAGGGUCCUAGCGGCCACCGUCAAGCUCCUCAGCAAACCCUCCCCCUCCACUGACCUGGUGCAGCUCAUGGAUAGAGGUCCCUAUCUGAGGAAAGCUCCCAUCAUCCUGGACAAGCCUGACGUUGUGUACGUGGUGGAGAACCAGUCCGUGAGCAUCACCCUCACCCUUAACCACGUCAAUGCUGUGAUCACCUGGAAGAGGAGGGGAGUGGUUUUGCUCAACAAGCCAGGGAUGUUUGAGAUGAGCAUGCCAGACGACGAUCAACACACCCUAAAGAUCCAGAGGGUGAAGAGCACUGACACCGGUCAGCUGGUCUGUACAGCCAACAACCAGUUUGGCAGCGACCUCUGUACCAUCCUACUGGCCAUGGCAGUGCGUCCUAAAUUUGAGUCCAUCAUGGAGGACUUGGAAAUACAUGUAGGAGAGACAUCUCGCUUUGCUGUGGUUGUCGAGGGACAACCCGAUCCUGAUAUUCUGUGGUACAAGGAUGACACUCUGCUGUCGGAGAGCAGUCACUUCACCUUUGUGUACGAUGAUACGGAGUGUUCCCUGGUGGUGCUGAACGCCCGGCCUGAGGACUCAGGGGUGUACACCUGCACCGCCAAGAACCUGGCUGGGCAAGUCUCCUGCAAGGCUGAACUCACCGUCCACAAAGUGAGGAAGGAGGUGGUGGAGCCCAUGGAGGAUGAGGGGUCCAUUUUGAGGAAGAUGCGGAGGCUGACUGAUUACUACGAUGUACACAAGGAGAUAGGACGUGGGGCGUUCUCCUAUCUGAAUAGGGUGACUGACAAAAAGGGGAAGGUGGAGUACGCGGCCAAGUUCGUGUCUGCGAGGGCCAAGAGGAAGGCCUUGGCCCUGAGAGAGAUGAACCUUCUGUCAGAGCUGAACCACGAGAAAAUCCUCUACUUCCAUGACGCCUUUGAGAAGAAGAACAUGGUUGUCAUCAUCACUGAGCUAUGCCAUGAGGAACUUCUGGACCGACUGACCAAGAAGACUACCGUCAUGGAGUCUGAGAUCCGGUCCAGUAUUGAGCAGGUGCUUGAAGGGGUCAGCUACCUUCACCGGAAAGAUAUUGCUCAUCUUGACAUCAAGCCUGAGAACAUCCUCAUGGCAGGCCGACACAGUGACAAUAUCCGCAUCUGUGACUUUGGCAAUGCCGUCAAGCUGGAGACCAAUGAAGCCCACUACUGCAAAUACGGCACUCCGGAAUUUGUUGCCCCGGAGAUCGUUAACCAAACCCCGGUCUCCAAGGCAACAGACAUCUGGCCUAUUGGGGUUAUCACUUACCUAUGCCUGACUGGUGUGUCUCCUUUCGCUGGGGAGAACGACAGAUGCACUGUCCUCAACAUCAGGAACCAAAAUGUGGCUUUUGAGGAGAGUAUGUUUGCUGACCUCUGUAGAGAGGCCAAGGGAUUCGUCAUCAAACUGCUGGUGGCUGACAGACUGAGGCCUAACGCUACAGAGAGCCUUCGCCACCCCUGGUUCAAGACUUCAAUAAAAGACAAGAGCAUCAACACAGCGAUCCUAAAGCAGGUCUUAUCUCGAAGACGUUGGCAGCGUUCCCUCAUCAGCUACAAAUCCAAGAUGGUGAUGCGCUCCAUCCCUGAGCUUCUCAACGACUCGCCUAACCACAUCUCCAUCGCUGUGGCCCGUCACCUCAAAGAGGGCUCGCCCCCACCCUCCUCAUCCUCCGACUCGGACGAAGAUGUGGACGAACUCCCCUUCAUCCCCAUGCCUCUGUCUAUGGUCUUCUCCGGCUCCAGGGUCUCCCUCAACGAGAUACCAGGUGACGAGGACGUCACAGGACCGCCUUCCAGGUCCAGUGGGACAGUGGAAGGGGCGUGGUUAACCCGGCACAGGGAACAGCCCAUAGAGGAGGUGGUGUCCAAAAAGGAGGCCAAGGAAUUAGGAGGAAGCAGAGGAACGAGAAAAAGGGUAACAACCAAGGAAGAUGGCGGGUCUUCGGAAGAGGAGAAGACUGCAGUAAAAACGAAGAGAGUCCCCCUGAAGAAGGGCUCGAGUGUGGAGGAGGAUGACACUCAGACGAAGUCCCGGAGAGCGACGAUGAGGAGGGGCAGUUCAGCUGACUCGGCCCUGCUUCUACACAUUGAGCCAGAGGAGGGGGCUGUGGAGGAGGGCAAGGAAGACAGCGGCAAAAAAAAACUUAAAAAGGCAGUUUCCACGGAGCUACCAAAUCGGAGCCCCAGCCCUGGGGCGGCUAAAAUGAGCCAGGAGGACUAUGCCCUCAAACUGGAGCUGAUGAGACAGAGGCUGCUGAGGGGAGGCAACAGCAAAAGCGGGCUGCGAGGUCCCCUACUGGAGACCCUAGGAAUGGACGACGAGAGGCGAACCUCGUCCCUGGACCGAAACUUGAGGAGAUCCAGGGUGGGGGCGCCAGAGCGGUCGCUGGCCAGAGCAGCCUCUACCGAAAGUGCAGUGGAGGACACAUCCAAAACCAAAAUGUUCCAGAAGAGUUCCUCUUUCAGUCAGGGAGACUCAGAGCCCAUGCCCCUACACCGGCAGUUUGGAGCCCCCUUAGAGAUCCCCACUAGCACAUCUUGCCAGAGCACUGAGAGGAGAGACAGUGCUGAAAGGACCCAGGGCAUUGAGAGGAACACACAGGGGAAAGACCUCCAGGAGGCCACUUCCAUAUCAGCAAUUACGGAGCAGACCAGGCUGGAUUCCAGACCUUACUCUCAUGGGCCCUCCUCCUCCAUACAGCCCACCCCAGUCAAAGAGGACCAAGGAGCGAGGGAAGAGAAAGAGCCAGAGGAGAAGAAAAAGAGCAAGUCUGAGGAGACUUCUGAAAGAGAUGAAGAGAUGGAGAGAAGGACCAAAGCACAGGAGAGGGUUGAUAGACACGAGUCGAAGAGGGAGAUUUCCCAGGGCAGGUCUCCUACUGUGUUAGCUCCUGUGAUCAUCAUAGAGGAGGAGGAUACUGAGGAAGAUGAACAGAAAGAAAAGCAGGAGAUAGAGUUAAAGAAAGAAGAGGUGAAAGCAAAAGGUUGGGAUUCUCCAGGGGUUACGCCUACAGAAAAAACGUCUGCGUAUGCCAACGUGAUGCAAACUACUGUUGUACCAUCUGGAAAACCUGACAGCAGCCGGAGAUCUCAAUCUACACCUAGCCCCACAUUUCCUGAACACCCUGCCGUCUUCGCCAAGGUGGCCACCGAACGCCCAACAAGCCCAACCAUCUCGACUAGCUCGUCUACGGUCCCAGACCGCCCCACCACCCCACGCCAACCUACCACACCACUCAGAACAGAUAUCAAGGACAUCGACUCGGAAGAAGUCUUUCAAUCCAGGUUCAAGAAGCGUGAGUCAUCCCUUACCCGUGGGCUCCGGAGACUUACCAGGACCAAAUCAGAAGAGAAGUCCCCGACCCUUCCCCGUAAGACAGGUGAGGGUGAGGAGGUAUACCGGCCAGGGUGUCUGGGGGCGCCGCUGGAGAUGGUGCCCCAAGGAUUGCAGGAAAAGUCCAAGUCCGUCCAGGACUUGAGGGAGGUGGAGAGAGACACAGGGUCCCUGGGCAUCAUUGGACGGUUCUCCAUGCGCACCAAGAGGACCCCGUCCAUAGAUAAAAAGGAGGAGAAGUCAAAGGAGACUGAGCCUGCGGCCAAUAAGCGCAGGGUGUCCUGGGCCAUAGGUCGCAGUAAGAGUCUGGACACGACAGAGCUGGACAAUAUAGAGGUACGGAGAGAGCAGGAGGCAAGAGAACGCAAAAAGAUGGAGGAGUCGUCUGUCUUCGCCAUGCGGCGGAUGUUCGAGAACAAAGUAGCGGGUAUCUCAGCCAGUUUGAGGAGCAAGUCAGAGGAAAGGAAGGAGGAGAAAGAGGCCAAGCGACGCGUGGAGGAAGAGAAAAGUCGGAAAGAUGCAGAAGAAAAGGAUUUUAAGAAGGUCAGCGAUUCCCCCGUCUUGGCGAUGAGGAAGAAGUUUGAGAACAAGGGGGCAGGAAUUUCUCGGAAAGUCCGAAGCCAGUCAGAGGAUAGGAAAGAGUUGGAGGAAGAGAAGCCAGAGGGAAAGAAAACUCCACUGUUUUCCCAUCAUCGACAUUCCCAGUCCGAGGGAAGAGGUCUCAAAGAGAUGGGGAUCCCAGAGAAUCAGCUAGCCAAACAGACAAACAAAGAAUCCAAAGUGUCCAAGGAAUCCAUUGGGUCUGCAUCGAGCCUUCAUUCUGAAAAGUCAAAAAGUCAAAAGUCGCUCACUCCAGAGACUAACAGGCGGUCGCGGUGGGACAGGUGGGGUCUGGGCAAGAGGAGAAAGGAUAAGACCCCCUCUCAGACUGACCUCCCCUCAGCCAAAGAUGAGGGGUCAUCAGGCAGCCUGCAGUACUCCCGCACUUCCUCUAACUUCCCUCCUGUGUUCCACAUCAAGCUGAGGGACCACGUCUUAUUGGAGGGUGACCCUGUCACUCUUAGCUGCCUCCCGGCUGGCAGCCCCCACCCACAAAUCAGCUGGACUAAAGAUAAGAGACCACUGGAGAUGGACGACAGGAUGAACCUGAUCUCCUGUCCAGACGGCAGGCAGCUCGUUACGAUCAUGAAGACUAGCAGGAGGGACGCAGGGCUCUAUGAGUGUGUGGCCAGUAAUCCCUUAGCCAGCGUCACCAGCUCCUGCACACUGUCCCUGGCCUGUGUCCCCAAAAGGCCAGGCACCCCGGAGGUUCCCCAGACAUACAACAACACAGCCCUGGUGCUAUGGAAACCAGCCGACACCAAGCCCCCCUGUUGCUACUCUCUGGAGAGGAAGACAGAAGGUGACGCCAACUGGCUGAUCAUAGCGACUGGAGUGGCUGACUGUUAUUACAACGUCACAGACCUGCCACCAGGGGGCACCUUUAGGUUCAGAGUGGCCUGCGUCAACAAGGCUGGACAGGGACCCUACAGCAACACAUCAGACAAAGUCAGCCUGGACUCAACAGUAGGCGUGUCCUCUCCAGCGGUGGCCAUUGUGAAGACAAUCUCCUCACCUCCCCCCCACCCUGCCCCAUCCGCUACCACCUUAGUGACCGUUAUCCCAAAGGUCAAACCAGCAGUAGUGCAACCUCCUGGUAAAACGGUGUCCACUGUCUCUCCCUCUUCACCCUCCCUUACACAGACCUCUCUAACCUCCCCUGCGCCCUUCCCUGCUCCCACUGCAACUCGCUCUCCCUCGACACCUUCGGCUCCCUCCAGCCCUGCCAUCACAACCCCUCCAACUCUCCCCUCCCCGCCUGUAGUCAAACCCCCUACCUUCGUCCUCCCCAAACCCCAGAGUCCUGUCAAUGUGGUCCUACCCAUGACCCAAACCCCACCCAUCUCUCCCCCUCUCCCUCUCGUUACACCUCCUUCCACCCCCACCAAGCCCGUCAUGGCAUCCGUUCCUACCUACGCCCCUGCCCGUAUGGCCCCCAGCCCCCUCCCGGCCCCCUCCUUCUCCCCCCAAGUGCUCCAGGUCAGCAGUCUGAGCCCAAUAGGGGAGGGGAGGGGCACCCCUGUUCGAGGGACCCCCAGGGACCGCACCACACCUAAGCCGGGUGAGACAGCUCUACGACAGGGAGUCCCACAGAAGCCCUACACCUUCCUGGAUGAGAAAGCCAGAGGGCGGUUCGGUGUGGUCCGGGAGUGUCGAGAGAACGCCACAGGACACGUCUUCAUGGCUAAGAUCGUUCCGUAUGACCAGGAGACUAAGAAGUCCAUCCUGCAGGAGUAUGAGAUCCUCAAGUCUCUCCACAACGACAAGGUCAUGACCCUCCACGAGGCCUACGUCACCCCACGUUACCUGGUACUGGUGGCUGAGUACUGCACUGGGAAGGAGCUGCUCCACAGCCUUAUAGACAGGUUCCGUUACUCGGAGGAUGACGUGGUGUGUUACCUGGUUCAGAUCCUUCAGGGUCUGGAGUACCUCCACAACAGACGCAUCCUCCACCUGGACAUCAAGCCUGACAACGUCAUGGUCACCAACCUCAAUGUCAUCAAGAUCAUAGACUUUGGCAGCGCGCAGAACUUCAACCCUCUCUCCCUCAAACAGUACAACAGCGGCCUGGGCACACUGGAGUAUAUGUCUCCGGAGAUGGUGAAAGGUGAUGUGGUCGGCCCUCCAGCUGACAUCUGGAGCCUGGGGGUUCUAACCUACGUCAUGCUUAGCGGUAAGCUGCCCUUUCUUGACAAAGACCCACACCAGACUGAGACCAAAAUCCAGAUUGCCAAGUUUGAUCCGACCAAGCUCUACCCCAACGUGUCCCAAAGUGCCUCGUUGUUCCUCAAGAAGAUGCUGAGUAGCUAUGCCUGGGCCCGUCCGAGCACCAAGGACUGUUUCACCCACGCAUGGCUGCAGGACUCGUACCUGAUGAAGCUGAGGAGACAGACGCUCACCUUCACCACCACCAAGCUGAAGGAGUUCCUGGGGGAGCACCAUCGACGUCGCACUGAGGUCGCCACCAAACACAGGGUCCUCCUACGCUCCUACUCCAGCUCAGCUUCUUCAACCACAUCGACCACACCAAACCUACCUAAGUGAAGGCAUAUGACUUAUGUCAGUGUUAACUAGCCACCAGAGGGUGGAGGUAUGGGGGAUGUGUGGUGCACAACAGUGGGCUCCAUGAUAGAGGGAGGACUCUGAGUACUCAUCCCCCACAGAGUGAGGCCGUGCCUGAGUAAGUUAUGGGAGUGGAGACUAGAGCCAUGAGCAUUGCACCAGCCCACAGACUGCAUGGAGUCUCAUUCUACUGAGACCUAACAGAAUGAAUUUUGGACAGUUCAUCAACUGAGAUUUUAAUACAGUUGUUGGAUUGUUGGAUACCACGGUUUCAAAAUAUUGAGUUAUCGUUUGUUUUUGGACCUGGCACGAUUUGGUCCUGUUUCAGGUCUACUGUCUGCUAGUACUACUCCGAGCUUGCUAUCGCAAUGUGUGUAGAACUUUGAAAUAUAUAAAACAGGACAUUUGGUUUGGAAAAUUAAUUAAAUACAAUUAACCUGGCACACACAUUUUUGUCAGUUUGAUUUUAGAGCACAGCCUUAUUUCUGCAUCCUGAUAUUUGGUGGUGAUUAUGUGAAUGUACCAUCAUCUAUGCUGCUAAUUUAUGUUGCAUUUAUUUACACAUUUCAAAAACGCAAAACCUAAAAUAAAAACGUUUUGAAAUUGUAUGUGACCUGUUUACCUUUUUCAUGUUAAUUUAUUUGCAUGUGUACUUUUUUUCUUCUUUUGGGUGAAUUUCUAAAUACAAUGAAAACAGUGUAAAAAUAUUGCUCACCAUUGUGAUUAUACUGUUCAUAGAUACAGAUAAUAAACCUGUGAAUAUAGUAGAGUAUCUUAGUAGUCAGUGACGCAGCCAGACGUCCUGUGGUUGAUGCUCAAGUUGAACAAUAGUGCAACUUCAUUGAUGAAAACGGUCAGACUUUGAUUAUGUAGAUUCUAUUGUCUUCUAUUGGAUUUGUCACACCUCAUCAAUGUCAUCACUGCGCCAAUGGCUGGACUAGAAUUCUCCAGUAUGUUCUGUUGAUUGGACAGGUUGCUCUUAGCUUGACCAGCAGUCAGUUAGUGAGUCAAUUUUGCCUAAAAUGGGUCAAUUUACAAACUUUAUCAUGUAAAUGUGUUGUCCAUGUUAAUGGCUUACUUACAGAUGACGCGCAAUAUGUGUUCUGUUAAUUUAUUGAACUAUUCAUAUCAUACAAUUUUGGGGCACUUUUGUCUACCAUUAGGCCUACUGUACAAAAUGGACAUAGGUGCCAUGAAGAAAAAAUAUACAGAAAGUCUUUUUUGGUAUACAGAGACUCAUAUGUAUUACUUUUCAUCAUACAUACAGUAUUUAUUUUUUUGUAUGAAUUUGGAUGGUUGAAUAUUUGUAAAUGUUUUAAUUUGCAGUGUUUAUAAUGUGGAAAUGGUUUAAAAUGUUUUUAUGAAAUUGUCUGUAAUAAACUAUUGAUACAAUUGCAAAA